GGAGCUCCACUCGCCCCGUAGUCUGCAGCCAGCCCCUAUUGGUUCUGGGCGUGAGUGUUGCACUGGGCGUCCGUUUGAUUCUCCGCCACCAAAAGUUGUUUCUCAGAGAUUCUGAGAGCGUUUGAUGAUCAACACUAGUGAAGCUGUGGGUAAAUGGAAGGGAAUGGCACGUCCAUCUUUGCCCUCCUCUUUGGACUCCACAUUGCCUGGAAUAUCUCGGGAUGUUCUGACGGUGUCCAUGGAACCAAAAUAUCAAUGCCAGCAGUGUAAAGAGAUUCUAAGAAAACCUUUUCAAGCACAGUGUGGACAUCGCUUCUGUGUGUUCUGUUUCAAACAACUCACCAGUUCAGGCCCCAUACCAUGUGAAGCCUGCCGUGCUGAGGGCAUAUUUGAAGAGGAACUGUCUAUGCUCAAUAUUACAGUGGCAUUUCCUGACAAUGCAGCACGACGAGAAAUUGAUAGUUUGCCAGCAAAGUGCCCAAAUGAUAGCUGUACGUGGAAUGGAACAUUAAAAGACUAUGAGAAUCAGCAUGAAGGUCACUGUGAAUUUGAGCGUGUGAAAUGUGAAGCAUGUCAAGUUCUUAUCUUGCGUAGUGAGAAAGACCGUCAUAAUGAGCGGGAAUGUGAAGCCAGAACCCUCAACUGCAAAUACUGCAAGGUCACAUUCAACUUCAAGGAUAUUAAGGCCCAUGAUGAAAUUUGUCAGAAGUUUCCUAUGCAAUGCAAAGACUGUGGCAAAAAGAAAAUCCCAAGAGAGAAGUUUCAAGAACACAGCAAGUCCUGCGCCAAGUCCAAGUCGGCCUGCCAGUUCAGUGAGAUUGGCUGCAGGGCUGUGGUUGACAAUGGUAGGCUGCAGGAGCACGAACAGACCAGUGUCAUGGAGCAUUUGCGUCUGAUGUUGGCGGUACUCUCCUCUGUGCGCCUGCGUGCCGAGGGAGCCGGCGAGUGGCAGGAAGAUUCGGGGCUGGGACUCUACCGUGGACCUGAAGACGCUCCGCAUGCAGGGGCUCAUGCUGCCGCCCAUAAUGCAGGAAGAGGUGACAGUCCUGGUGUCCAACAGAAAGUCACCGCAUUGGAGAACAUAGUUUGUGUGUUGAAUCGAGAGGUGGAGCGUUCAGCCCUGACUCUGGAGGCGUUGUCUCGACAACAUCGCCUAGACCAGGAAAAGAUCGAGAACUUCUCGAACAAGGUGCGACAGCUGGAAAGGACUAUAACCAUGCGAGAUCUGCAGUUAGCAGAGUCUGAGCAGUCUUUGCGGGAGCUGCAGUUUUGCACUUACGACGGUGUUUUCAUAUGGAAAAUAGCAGACUUCUCUCGCCGCAGACAAGAUGCAGUGGGUGGCCGAGCUCCAGCUAUGUUCUCACCUGCAUUCUACUCCAGUAAAUAUGGUUACAAGAUGUGUCUGAGACUGUAUCUGAAUGGAGACGGUACAGGCAGGGGCACACACCUCUCGCUGUUCUUUGUGGUCAUGAGGGGCAAAUACGAUGCGCUCUUAAAAUGGCCCUUCAGCCAGAAGGUGACAUUGAUGCUUUUGGACCAGAACAACAGAGAGCACAUUAUUGAUGCCUUCAGGCCUGAUGUGAGCUCCACUUCCUUUCAGAGACCCAUCAGUGAGAUGAACAUCGCUAGUGGAUGCCCACUUUUCUGCCCCCUCGCCAAGCUGGCAGGCAAAAGCUCUUACUUGAGAGAUGAUACAAUAUUUAUUAAAGCCAUCGUGGAUCUCACUGGAUUAUAAAGCAUAACAAAGCUGCGGAAGCCUAAUUGUUUAAGUUUAUAAUAAGAUGACAAAUAUUUAUUAUCAUGAAAGAUCAUGUAUUAAUGUUAUCGUAAAGAUUAAAUAUUUAUUAGAUAGAUAUAUUUAUCUAAUAUGAAUUUAUAGCAAAGUUGCAGAAUUAGUUUGAUUAUCUAUAACAAAAAUGCUAAAUAUAUUAUCUCUAUAAAACACAACAUAAUGGACCUUUUUUUAAAUCAUAUUUAUAAAUAAUACAAAUAUUAGAAUUAUUAUGAAAUAUGAAAGCACUGUGCUUACAGUACAAAUAUAUAGUGUAAAUAUAAUUUCAAUCUUUUAUGGAUGUUAUUUUGAGUAGAGGUGACACUGAUGUUAGAUUUUCUGUGGGAUUAAAUUCGGGCUGUUAUUUUCAUGACAUUUUUGGAAAUGACACAGAAAGACCUUUUUAUUAUUAUUAUUAUUAUUAUAAUAGUGUACAAGUAGGUUUUUUGUGUCUGCCAACAAUCUGCUUUUGUUUGUCAUAAAAUUUUAGGGACUAGAUGAAUAAUCGAGCAACAUUAAUAUGCAUAAAUGGUUUAGUGGCUGCUUGUGAGCAUCAUUUAGCACACAGAAUGGAUAAUGUUGCUGCUAUAGACAAUGUCUUAUAUGCAGCAUGGACAUAAUUUGAUAAUAUUUCACUGAAUUAAGAUUGAAAAGAGAAACCUAGACCAAGAGGGCAUCAAUGCAUUUGGACUAAUCAUUGCUUCUAACCUCCACAUGACUUGCAUUCUUUUGUUUGGGCUUGAGCUCUUAAUGGCUGCACUGUGAAGGUAAAGCUGCAGACGUUUGAUCAACCUCAAACCCUAAUAAAAGGGACUAGCAUAGUUAUUUUUGUCACAUCACAUUAGGUUAGCGUGGAAUGUUUUGGCUGGGUGGGUUAAUUAGAUUCAGUAUAAAUUAAGUCAAAGGAAUGUUACGUUAUCUUUAUUUCAAAUAAUGAAUGGAAACAUUGUAAUUUCACAAUUAAAAAUCAUAAGAAUUAAGAACUAAAAAUGGGAAGGUUCACUACUUUGCCAAUUUUUCUCCAUUUGGAGAUGAUGGCUCUAACUGCGGUUCUUUGGAGUCCAAAGCGCUUUGUAACGCUUCUCAGACUGAUGUAUCAUUUCUGGGAUUUAUUUUGACCUUGGCAUAGUGUGCUACUGAGUGAGACCUUUUAGCCAACUUCAUGCUGAUGAAAAAGUUCUAUUUAGGCAGUAAUCAGCAGUCCAGCUGAACCCCAUUAUGAAUGCAGUUUUGUUGAUUUGGGGAUUUUACAACAAAGGUUUGUAUUAGAUAAUGUUUUUUUUAUUGAUGCAAAAAAAGUUAUCGUUUAAAAACUGUAUUUUCUGUUUACUCAGAUUUACUUUUUUUUUGUUAGAUUUUGUUGAAAUUUUAAUGAAGUACGAGAUGUCAACAAAUACUUUUUCACAUCACUGUAAUUAUUUACUGGGUAUAAUGAUUUUACAUUUGUAAUUGUGUUAUUUAUUUAGCUUGUAUCAUUAAUUCUUUUAGUUAGCUUAGUACGUUUCUUGAUAUUAAAUUCAUCUUAAUAGAACUUUUGUAUAAAAGUAACUUCAUACGGAUAAUGUUGCUUUUUUGUUUCCGAAUUUCAGCAUGGAUUUAAAGUUUGAAAUGCAAGUUUUCUGUGUACCAUUAAUAGUUAUGUAAUGUGUGUGUGUGUGUGUGUGUGUGUGUGUGUGUGUGUGUGUGUAUAUAUAUAUGUAUAUACAUACACACACACACACACACAGUAUUGUACAUUAUAUUAUAAAAGUUGUAAUAUUACAUAUUAUGUACAUGCCUUACAUACAAACAUAAUAUGAAUUUGUUCCUCAGGCAUGUAAACUUUAACAGAUGUUCUGAUAUUUUCACACAAUAAAAAUGGAAA